AUGGUUCCCGAGGUGAGGGUGCUGCCCUCCCUGCUGGGACUCGCGCUGCUCUGGUUCCCCCUGGACUCCCAGGCUCGAGCCCGCCCUGACAUGUUCUGCCUUUUCCACGGGAAGCGCUACUCCCCUGGGGAGAGCUGGCACCCCUACCUGGAGCCCCAAGGCCUGAUGUACUGCCUGCGCUGCACCUGCUUUGAGAGUGCCCAUGUGAACUGUUACCGCCUCCACUGCCCGCCUGUCCACUGCCCCCAGCCCGUGACGGAGCCACAGCAGUGCUGUCCCAGGUGUGUCGAACCCCACACGCCCUCUGGGCUUCGGGCUGCCCCGAAGUCCUGCCAGCACAACGGGACCACGUACCAGCACGGAGAGAUCUUCAGUGCCCACGAGCUGUUCCCUGCCCGCCUGCCCAACCAGUGUGUCGUGUGCAGCUGCACCGAGGGCCAGGUCUACUGCGGCCUCACCACCUGCCCCGAGCCCGGCUGCCCAGCUCCCCUCCCGCUGCCGGACUCCUGCUGUCAGGCCUGCACAGAUGGGGCGAGCGAGCAGCCAGCUGAGGACGCCGCAGCGGAGUCGUCACACCAUGGGGCGAGACAGUCUCAGGACCCGUGUGCGGGGGAUGGCGCGAGAAAGAGAGGCCCAGGCACCCCGGCCCCCACCCCGGGCCUCAGCCCCCCUCUGGGCUUCCUCCCUCGACACUUCCGACCGAAGGGGGCAGGCAGCACGACUGUCAAGAUUGUGCUAAAGGAGAAGCAUAAGAAAGCCUGCGUGCAUGGCGGGAAGACCUACUCCCACGGGGAGGUGUGGCACCCGGCCUUCCGCUCCUUCGGCCCCCUGCCCUGCAUCCUGUGCACCUGUCAGGAUGGCCACCAGGACUGCCAGCGUGUGACCUGCCCCACCGAGUACCCCUGCGGUCGUCCCGAGAAGGUGGCUGGGAAGUGCUGCAAGAUUUGCCCAGAGGACAAGGCAGACCCUGGCCACAGCGACGUAAGGUUCAGCAGGUGUCCCAAGACGCCGGGCCGGGUCCUCGUCCACACAGCCAUCUCCCCGAGCCCAGACAGCCUGCGGCGCUUCGCCCUGGAGCACGAGGCGUUGGACCAGGUGGACAUCUACCUCUGGAGGCUGGUGAAAGAUGAGGAGACUGAGGCUCAGAGAGGUGAAGUGCCUGGCCCAAGGCCACACAGCCAGGAUCUUCCACUUGAUUCAGAUCAAGAGAGUCAGGAAGCAAGACUUCCAGAAAGAGGCACAGAACUUCCGGCUGCUCAGCGGCACCCACGAAGGCCACUGGAACAUCUUCCUAGCCCAGACCCCAGAGCUGAAGGUCACGGCCAGUCCAGACAAAGCGACCAAGACUUUAUAACAAAGACCUAG